CAUGAUCAUGACCCAUGAGGAGGUCUGGUAUGGACGACAUAGCAUGACAGAUUCUGUGAGAGCUCUAUCAUACCUAUCCUGAGUGAGAAACUGCCUCUCGAUUAAGUCAAAAGUGGACAGCUUUUGGUAAUCACGCACCGAAAAUAUACAUGAUAAUGAUUCAGAUUUCGCAUGACAAUUUGCUUUGUUCCAGACCCAGACACUUUUGCAUUUGACACCUGAAGCCCAUGAUCGCCUUCGAUUGAAAAAAAGGAAAGCCGGUGAGAAACUUAAAGACAUCGAUAUCUGGUGCGGAUGGUGUGGCUCCUCCACCUUGCCUUGUUCUUCGGAAAGCGAAAGCGAACUGCCUGUCCGGAAUUUUCACAAGUGAUCACCUAUUGCACACAGUUGUAUGCGGGCGAAAGACAAAGAUUUCAUCUUUAGGUUUCUUUGAUUGAGAUGAGGCCAACUACUACUCAAGGAUCAUCUGCUGUCUUUGCUUUCCCCGGGCCCCACUAAGUAACGCCAAGCAGUUUUUACUUUCCUAGGUGACUUGAUUCCGCCCCUGUUCCUUCGGCUUUCCCGGCUGCACAAUUUCGGAGGACAUGCAGAAUUUAGAUCUCGGGUUUUCAGGGUAUUGGCUGAUAUCCACUUUGCAGUUCAUAGGCAGAGCCACAUUAAGGCACGGGGGUCAGCAGCGAAGCGAUACUUGGUGAACGACGCAGCAAACGCAAAUCCACAUCCAACCCGGUGUAAUACGAAACUGAGUUUCCGGCCGCUCACGGAAGACGAUUUGGACGGUGCGCUUUUCAGUGGUUCUUCAGCUGCUUUUACUAAGUAAUGCUUCCUCUGAAGAAUAUGGUUGUCUUCACUAUCAGUCUUUCAUUUGUCGUCGUAAUUCUAUUUCACCGUAGCUGAGCUGUUUUUGAUCGCUGGCCACCGUCUAGGCUUAUAAAUCGCAUUUAGAUGAUAAUUCUGCACAGUCCGGAAGAAGAGAUCCAAUACUCGAUGAGCACACUGAAAAAGAUGUAUACAGAGAGAAGGGCGUUUGUAUUUCUGUGUAUCUUUGUAUUUCUUGGCAUUCCUGUCGCGUCGUGCUACACUCAUCGUUGCAGCUUUGGGUCGUCGAUCGCUCGUUUUUCGUUUGAAAAGGGUAUUUCAUUUUCGUACAACUUUGCGUGUUUCUUCCUCACCACGUAUACGUCUCUUUUCCAUCGGCAGGAUAAUGAUGAUCGCCAUCGUGCAAAGACCAACAUGACUAUACGAUCUUGGACGAAGCAGAGCAGAACUGGAUGAUGUUGAAGUUGAUGCGAAGCCAGACACCAACCCUACAAUUUCAAUUAUAUCUAGGCAGCAGUACCACAGCCCACUCUGCUGCUGUAGGUUUUUUGUUUUUCUGGAGGUGGUCGUAAAGACAACAAUAAGACGACUUUCCUUGCAACAUGAUUGUAGUUUCGGAGGAACGAAAGAUUCGCCGUAGUCUGA